AUGGCUGCUACUAAGAGAGCGAUCCGCUUCGUGACUUUCGAUGCUCUCUAUACGCUUCUGAAACCUCGGGCUCCCAUCCCGGUGCAGUACGCCGAAGCAUUCGCCGCAGCGGGACUGGGAACUCUCGACCCGAACGAAGUAGGACGUUCGUUCAGAGCUGCGUAUAAGCAAGUGCAUUCAAAUAAGCCUGAUGCCGCGGCAGAAAGCGCAUCCUCGUUUUGGCAGGAUGUUAUCAGCCUUACGGCUCUUGGAGCAGGUGCAGACGCCAAAGCGACGAAAGCGGCAUUGCCCACACUCGUCCCUCAGCUCUUGCAACGUUUUAGUACAGAUGAGGGCUACAGGCUGUACCCAGACACAAUUGAGAGCCUUAGUAGGCUUCAGAAGAUGGAAAUACCGUAUGGAUUGAUAACAAAUAGCGAUGACCGAAUAUUGAAUGUGCUAUCUUGCUUUGACAAUCGGCUGCUAGGCGCAUUCAAAGUUUGGUUGGUAUCUGACAAUAUAGACAUGGCAAAGCCCGACGAAAGGAUCUUCAGACGGGCAGCCGUCGAGGCAACGGUUGAGAGGCACCAGGUGGUGCACAUCGGAGAUGAGCUCGAGAACGACUACUAUGGGGCUAUGAGGGCAGGGAUGCACGCACUAUUGCUGCGGCUACAUGGGAAAGACGCAGCUGCAGCGCACGAGGACAGGAGUAAAGAGGACCUGACGGGUGUCAACGUCUGA